AUGGCAGCUCCAAUACUGAAUCACACGCCAGCUACGCCGAGUCGGUCUAAUGGCACCAACGGCCACGGUGAAGACGAUAUCUUUUCCGACGUUGAUACUGCUUCAAGUCAGCCCUACCACCACCGUUUCUCUUCGCGGUUUGACCCGGAACCUCUAGAGCUAUCGAGCGCCGCCUCUCCCUCACAGCUGAAGAGAACCAUAGAGGCACACCUACAGGAAACCGAUCGCCGUUUACAAGACACUCAGCAGCUCGGCACUGCCCUGCUCAAGCAAAGGGACGACCUGACUAGCAGAUUAGAAGAGGUUGACCAACUUCAAGAUGAAGCUACGAUCCCAACAGACCUACGCAGGAGGCUGGUCGAUAUCGAGAGGGAGCAUGCAGACGUGAACAGGGAAGUCGCAAGAGCCCUGAUAGGCCCCAAACCAAAGCAAGACGAGGCCUACUCCAGCGACUCCGGUGUCUUUUCCAGCCAAGCUACUGCUUCGCCUACUAAAGUCAGUGCUCCCAGCCGACGACACAGGAACCAGCCUUCCACCCGCGCUGGCGAUCUCCAGUUCGCUGCCGACAUCAGCACCUCCCUUCUCGCCCAGGUUCGCCAGUUACAAUCAGUCGUAGUCGACCGAGACGAUGCCCUCAAGCGUCUACAAGCCGAAAGAGAAGCUCUUGAGCAGGAUAUGUUAGGCUAUACUCAGAAAAUCCGAGCUUUGGAUGAGAGUGAACAAAAGUACAAGGAUGAAAAUUGGAACUUGGAAACGGAGCGACAUCAUCUGCAGACUGCUGCAAGAGACGCUAAUGACAAAGAAAAGCGUCUCAAUGCUGGCCUCAACUCAGCUCUGGCCGAGAAAUCGAAGCUGCAGAACGACCUUGACGAGCUCAGACUGGCCCACUCCAAGCUCUCCGAGGAGCAUAUCGCCACUCGAAAAGCUCAUGACACUGAAAUACACGGUCUUAAAAGGAGCGCCGAUGCUACUGCAACCGACCGUCAGUCCUUACAAGACAAAGUCGAUGAGCUUGUCGCCCAAAAUCAAGAGCUGGCCAAGGCUGUUGCAACCCGUGCCCGCACCAGACACAUCAGUCCCAACCAGGCUUUUCUUGACCUUCCAGAAGAGGCCCCUGAGAGCAUGGACUCUCCCGAUGACUCUCCGCCUCCAUCUCCCACCAAGGCUACACCUCGCCAUGGUGGUCUGGAAUCCGAAACUCUCAAAAGUUCUCUGACCCACGCCCACAGGAUGAUCCAGAACCUGAAGAACAAUAUCCACCGUGAGAAAACCGAGAAAAUUGAACUCAAGCGUAUGCUUCAGGAUGCUCGUGAUGAGUUAGAGCAUCGUAGAGGAGGAGAUGCUGGUAGCGCCGCCAAGCGUCAGAAGACGAAGAGUGAGGUCUUUAAGAAGCCUUUGCGUCCAGACAUGCUUGGAGGCACCCGGAGACCACGAACAGACAUAGAGUUGACCGAUGAUGAUUGGGAGGAUCAUGGCUAUGACAGCCCCAGUCAUGCACGACCUACCAUGUUACGUGGUAACAACCAACCCCUGACAGAUCUUAGUGAUGCCUAUCAGACCGCCAAUGAUACCGAGGGUACUUUUGAUACCGCCGACGAGCGUAAUACGACCGAGAGCGAAGCGUUCAUGACUGGUGUUGAAAGCUUGGCGGGCGACAGCACUGACGAGCUCACCGAGACAGAAGAAACAGCCUCAGCGACUGGCAGACAAGCCCCAGGUAGGGUAGCUCGUUCUUCAAGGCAGCUUGCCCACUCAAGUAACCUCUCGACGCCUGAAGACGAACUCGAAGAUAUGCAGACUCCUGUACAGCCCUCAUUCACCAAGUUCAAGCUCCGGAGUACCAGAACAUCGUUCGGCAAACAGUCUGCACAGGACACGCCGGGCAGCACUCCCCGUUCCGUUAGUCUCUCAGAGGACUCGCCGGCCACCAUCACCACAAGCCAAAGUCCUCCUACAGGUGAGCAGAGCUUGUUUGCCGAGCUUGGUGGCCUGGAUGAGAUCGAUAGUCAGAACAGUACUCCAGCUCGCUCUUCGACCAUGUCCUCCACGCAUUCAACCCCUGGACACCCAUACACUCCUUCUAAAUCUGCUACUACGACCCAACAUUCGACUGCCAAACCUAUCAUGGUCAACUCGUCAACCAUGACAGACAAUUGGGAAGGUCAGACCUCCAAUCAACCAAUUGCAUCAUCUUCGGACAAGGCUUUAAUUGCGUCCGCAUUUCCGCUUCCACCGAGCGUGCCUACGUCGCCAGUCAAGAAGUCCGACAACGGCACUCAGUACACACCUCAACGCAGCACACUGGAGUCACCAAUUCGUCCGAUGAGCAGUCAUAUCACACCUCCAAAGACAAUGUGGGAUGCUGCUCACGAAACACCCGAGUCUGCUACAACCAACGUGGAAGAUGGAGGCGUCUCUCCGAGUCAUCUCGGCUUCAGUGGUGUGCUCUCACAGGAUAGUAUUCCAAUGCAGUCACCGUCACGAAAUACCACCGAAACUCAAAGAAAGCUCACGAGCCUGCAAGCAGACAUCUCAAGCCGAGAGGCCGAGCUCGAAGCAAUGAAAAUAAAUCAUGCUACCACUUUGACCUCUAUGCAACAACAACUUAGCGAGCUGAGGUCUUUGCACAAUACAGAGCUGGCAGAUUCGAGGAGUCGCAAUUUGAAAGACCGUGAUGAGAUCGAUCGUCUGACAGCCGAGCUCGAGCAUGUGCGAGAGGAGCAAGCUUCCAUGAUUGCCACCAUGCAAUAUGAGACUGACCGACUGAAGAUGUCGCACACUACAAAGGUCGAUGACCUGGAAAGACGCGUGUCGGCACACGAGGGUAAAUUGAGAAGCAAGGAGGCAGAGAUGGAAGAUAUGCGUCUACAUCAUGCUUCACAGAUUGAGGUUCAUCAGAACGACCUUGACCAGUUACGUGGCAUCCAGGCAUCGGAAGUGAAGAGGCUCAAUGAUGAGAUCUUCAGCCACCAACGCAACCUAGCUGAUAGACAGACUGAACUCGACACACAUCGUGCAGACCACGUGACAGCUCUGGCAGCUAGUGCUGCUCAACUCGAAGCUCUCAAAAGUGCUCAUGCGGCACAGCUCCAAUUUGUCAACAGUCAGCUUACGGACCAUCGCGAAGAGCUUACUUCGAAGCAAAGCGAGAUUGAGACACUGCGUAAUGAACAUAGUGCAGCCAUGGCCACUAGCAGUAAUGAGCUCGAGGCUCUCCGCGAUUCACAUGCUUCCCAAACAAGAGAACUAAAUGAACAACUAGGUAGCCAUCGUGAGUUGCUCGAUGCCAAAGUUGCCGAAUUGGAGAAGCUACGCACUGGCCACGCCACAGCUUUCAGCCUGAAACAGGCAGAAUUGGACACUGUUCAAGCCAGCCAUGCAGCAGAAGUCGAGAAGCUUAAGAUGCUGAUUGCUGGUCACGAUGAAGAUGCUGGACGAAAGCGAAUAGAAAUCGAACAACUUCGAAACACACAUAGUCAAGAGCUUGAAAAGCUGAAGACCCAACUAUCUGGACGUGGCUUGGAGAUUGGCAGUAAACAGACUGAACUGGAAACACUACGGUCCAUCCACGAUGUCGAACUACAAAACCUGCACAGGCAGGCAACAAGCCAGACCGACGAACUGGCAAAUGAGAAAUCUAAGCUUGACGCAUUGCAAAACUCUCAUGCACAAGAAGUUGAGAGGCUAAGGGCACAAAUGACGGACCAGAACCAUCAGCUUGAACGUGAAAAAUCCGAACUCGAGACUGUUAAUGUAGCCCACAAUCAGGAACUGGGGAGACUCGACCGGCAGCGUUCUAUUCAAACGAAAGACUUGGAUAGCAAAGAGCGCGAGAUUGCCAGGCUGAACAACCAGAUCUUGACUGACACAGAAACCAGUGCAACUUUGCAGGCCAAGCUAGUUACCCUGGACAAGCAGGCUACCACGUAUCGUGAAGAUCUCGAGAAGCAGCAAGCAGAAACCACCUUGUUGAAGACACAAGUCGCUGACCUCAACAACGAUUUAGCCGGUAGACUGGCGGACAUCGAAACCAUUCAAAGGGCUCAUUCGGUAGAGACUCAAGCUCUCGAGAAACAGAUUGUGUCGGGCCAAGAAGCUCUGCUCGCCAAGCAAUAUGAAUAUAGCUCGACACAAGCAGAUCAAGCCAGAGAACUCGAGCAACUCCGAGCUCAGGUAGAUGCAAACAAUGAGGUGCUCAUCAGCCUACAAAACAAGCACGCGGACGAGCUGCGCUCGCUGCAAGAUCGGCUUGUUGGCAAGAACGAGGAAAUUGAACGAUUGCGAGGUGAAUUAGCAACCCUGCAAGCUCGCUUUGCGCAAUUGCCAGGCUAUUCUGGCAUUCUUUCGCAGGAAACACAGCCAGUAUCUCCAGAUAGAGCUUUCAGACCACUCCCUUCUACAAACAAUCGAUCAAUAUCGCCCGAGAGACCUAGGACUGCCGAGAGAGUGGUCAAUGUGGAAACAGGGAAAGCUCAGCCGGUCCACGUGUACGAAGAUGCUACGAGUGCUCCUGUCCACUACCAGAUCACGACACGACCUCUUGCCGAUGCCUCAGCAAGCCGGACAAACCAGCAAGACGAUGUGUUUGGUGGUCCAUUGGUUCGACCAAUAAGUGGUCGUGACCAGACUGCACAGAACUCGUUGACAGCAGAUCGUCUCGACGAUACUCAAAAGAACAAAAGAGAUUUGAUAGCGCCUGUUGCUAUUCCACAACAACCCCGUAGCCCAGUAGUCAGGGAGUCAAGCUCGCCAACACGCUAUCCUGGCAGACCAAGUUCACGCAAUCGAUUCGUGUCAACCAUUGUCGAAGAUUCUGUUGCUGGUGAGCCCUCUUCCCCACCCCCGGCACCACGAUCGGGGAGCGCUAGCAGUCUGCGAAGCUCCAGUUUCGUAACACAGCAGCAUCCACCUCUUCCAUCUGAUCAUAGGGAUAUUAUUGCGAAAGCAAGCUCCGAGGCCAGUUCGCCGACAAGAAAGGAUAGUCCAAUCAAGCAGGGUGGUGUUAUGGGCCCACCUGUCAUGCCAGCCUCAGCCAUGCGCCGGUCUAGAACACCUACCGGAUCGGUACGAACGGCAGAAAAGGUCGCUGGCAAGCGUCCUAUGAAUGGCGGUCGGGUUUCGCGUCGAUCAUCUGUGUCGUCAUUUGCUUCUGAGCUUGAUGAGAGAUUCAACAUUCGCACACAGCAACAAGCUAGCGCUUUCGAGCCUGGACCAGGGACAGAUCCACGCAUGAUACAGGCCAUCACGCAAACGAUGAUUGGUGAGUAUCUCUGGAAGUACACACGCAAGGCUGGAAGCAAAGAAAUGUCUGCUACACGACAUCGUCGGUAUUUCUGGGUACAUCCUUACACGAAGACGCUUUACUGGUCUGACCAGGAUCCUCAGACUGCUGGAGGAAGCCAACUCAAGGCGAAGAGUGUGCAAAUCGAAAGUGUUCGUGUCAUUACUGACGACAAUCCCAUGCCACCUGGGCUGCAUAGAAAGAGUCUAGAGGUGACAACGCCUGGAAGAAAGAUUAAAUUCACUGCUUCGACGGGACAACGGCACGAGACAUGGUUCAAUGCAUUGAGCUAUCUGCUACAUCGCAAUGAGGACCAUGUCCGAACAGGCGAAGAGGCGGUGAACGGCAACGACAUCACACAGGAAGAUAUUGCCGAGUUCAGCGUGAACGGUUAUGGCGCCCGACUUGUGCCCAAUGACAGCAGAAUGAGUAUGUCAAGCUACAAUUCAAGGACGACGAAUGGGACCCAACGACGACUCAGACAAUCACUGCCAGCUGGAAUGGCGGCAACAUCUCCUACUCGUCAGAUACCUCCAGGACAGUCGUUGAGCGGUCAGACGAACAACGACACCCUUCGUGCAAGCCAUCUCGAUGCUCCCACUGACAAAGAUCGCACGCUUCGAGCAAGUAGUAGAUCUAGGAUAUCGAAAAUGAUCGGCUCGGUUGCAGGCAGAUCUCGACCUGACGCGUCAGGUGUAGCUGGGUCAUCUUCGCAGCCACGCGAAAACAGUAGUAUCUACAACGCCAGUAUAGUCAGUGAUGGUAGAAAGGCGGAGGAGGAAGAAGCCAGACGAAGGCGUGAGCAUAUAGAGCAGCCUGGAAUCGAGGAUGUUCGGGCUUGCUGUGAUGGUCAGCACCACGUCGGAGAUCUGAACCACCACCAAUCCACAACCGCAUCCGUGCAACACCGCGUUAGUAACGCGAUCAACCGAAGCAUGAAUCGGCGGACCUAG